AUGAUUCUGCACUUGAAGAUUUGUUCCAAUGAGGUCAAUGCAGUUUUCACCCCAUCUGUGUGGACUGCUGCCAUCUCGACGGAACAGUUGGUGUUUUUGCUGAUCCUGUUCGUGACAAUCGUCGUCGGGAACGUGAUGAUAUUGGCGGCCAUAGUUGUGUCGCGCAAACGAAAGUCUCGGAUGAACAUGUUCAUUAUCAACUUGGCAUGCGCAGAUCUAGCUGUUGGCUGCGUCCUCGUACUGACAGACAUCGUCUGGAAGCUUACAAUCACUUGGUAUGCGGGGAAUGUCGGCUGCAAACUAGUGAAGUUUGCACAAUGUGUGGCAACAUAUGGCGCCACUUACUCGCUUGUGGCGCUUUCUAUCGACCGUUUAGACGCAAUUGCGCGGCCAAUGAGCAUCAACAACGUGGAGCGACAGUGUCGUCUCCUGAUAGGCCUGGUGUGGAUAUUUGCCGGCUUUUUCUCCUCUCCGAUGCUGUUUAUGUCGGAGGAAGUGGUUGUAUCAGGAACGAGGCAGUGCUGGGUAGGACUCCAGAUGGAUAUUUGGAUGUGGCAGGUAUAUAUGUUAUUGGUGUCGAUUGCCGUGUUUGUGGUGCCAGCAGUUAUUAUUGCGAGCUGUUACAUCGCGAUUGUGGUAAUCAUAUGGUCUAACUCCAACAAGUUCAAGUCCAUCACCAGUCACCAAAGAAACGAGAAAAUUAAAUGUAUUUCCAAAUCAGGUUCACUGACUGUUCGGAUCAAUACCUCAACCACUUCCCAUUGUACAGUUGGUACAAACAGUGCAUCAAGUUCCAGGGGUGUAAUACCAAAGGCAAAGAUAAAAACCAUCAAGAUGACUUUUGUCAUUGUUCUUGCGUUUGUAUUCUGCUGGUCACCUUAUUUCAUAUGGGAUCUAUUGGAUGUGUUCGAGCACAUAGAAAAGUCACAACAAAGUGUCGCUGUCAGUACGUUUAUUCAGAGUCUAGCUCCUUUAAAUUCCGCAGCAAACCCAAUCAUUUACAUCCUCUUCAACACCGCCUUGUGUACGAGGAUUUUAAGGAAACCACGUGGUUACAACUCGCCUCCUCAUUCUGCUGGAAUUACAACAAUUUAA